UGAAACACGUGUGUUUCUAGUUUCUACUAAUAUGAAUACUUUUUUUGGAUAAAAGAAUAAAAUAACUUUCGCUUGAAUUUCUAGAUACAACUUUGUAGUACUGCCAUAUCGUGAAGCAAUAAAAUGUGUCCUAUAUUAAAGAAGGUGUAUGAUGUGGAUCCUAACAACAGUGAAGGAGUAAAGGAAGCUGUAACAUCAUUCUUUCAACACUUAUCUAAACACAAAGAAGUGGAAACAAAUGCGUGGUUACGUGCACUCGAACAUGUAAUUUGCCGGUUCCCAAAGUAUUGUGUAUCACAUAGGAAUAAUAUAGAAGUAUAUGUCAGUGGUUACUUGAAUACAAAUGACUAUUUUCAAGUUAUUGAAGCUGCUAAGUGUGCACAUGCUGUACAACAGGUGAGACAGCCUCAAGACAAAGGAGCCACAGCGAAAACAAGCUGGAGAUACCAAAUUAAUUCACUAUGUAAAGCAGCACAUACAUUAAUAGAUGCUUUAUUUAAAAAUGCAGUUGAUAUGUAUAAAGGAAUUUCUGAGGAUAAAACUCCAAGUUCGAGUACUCCUUUUUCAAGUGUGUUGGAUAAUAUUACAAAAGUGCCAAACAAUGUUAACAGAAAGCCUCUAUUGUUGACAAGACUUAAAAAUAUACUUGUAUUCAUUCAAGCUAUGCUAGUCGAAAUAUACCCAGUGGCAAAACCUAUAGAGCCCCAAAUAAUUUUGGACUUGGCAUUAAGAUCGCAAAGUGUGACCAGUGGAGCAGAAAUAAACCAACAGCUAGCUGACAUUAAAGUUGAAGCGCUAAGGACUCUAGAUGCUUUAGUUAUAUGCCUGGGAUCCAACCUAUUACCAUACUCGCCAUUGAUAGUAAGAUUUGUGAUGCAGACUUUGAGAUGGAGCAGCGACAAUCCCAGUGAAGAAGCAAGUUGUGUACGCUGUCACGCGUACCGCUCGCUCCGGCGCUGGCUGUCGGUGCUGCGGUGUCACAAGUGCGGGGACUCGUGGCUGGAGCAGCUGACCGCUCACAUACUCGACGAUAUCACACCCGCUACUAAAACUGUGCAGCUAACUAUUGGUCCCGCCCCAGUGAAACAUAUGAGUAAAAAGGCGCGGCGGAAACAAGCGAAUGCGAUGCUGAAAGAGAGUUCUAUUGCAGUGCACAUGCCAGGGGAGAAAAAUAAAAUACACUCAAACAAAACAGUGAGCAAUGAAGUGGCAAUGGCGGCUUUGAACUGUGCAGAGAUAUUCCUCACAGUUUGUGGUAGAUUCCUCAAACCCACAACACAUAAGAUUUAUCAAGAGCGCUUAGUCCGCGAGUGUUUCAACGCCGAUUCGUACAAGAGCGAGCAAUUGUUGGCCCUUCUCAGUGUGUUAGAAGCUUCCAGAAAGACGACACCAUUUGGCGUACCGCCGCCUACUCAGUACUGUCUUCAUCUUUAUAGUGUACUAUUGAAUAGAAAUGAAGAGAUAUCAAAGUUCUGCUCACAAGCGAUAUUGGACAUAAGGCUGCACUUACACUGUUCGCCACCGUCACUCAAUUAUAACUUAGAAACGCCCAUAUCAGAACAGAAUGGAAGUAGCAAGAGAAAGAAGGUUUCGGAGAAGAAUAGAGCCGCCUUAGAAGCUCUUUUGGGCAAAGACAGAGUGACGCAACUUGACUAUGAUGUAAUAGUUCCCGAUGAGCCAUCGCCUAAGAAACCACGACUAGAAGUACAAGACAAUAUAAGUAUCAGUAGUGGAUCAAGUAGUUCUGUAGUCGUCAGUGAUGAAUCAGAUGACGAUGUUCAGGAGGUAGAAAUAACUGCUGAAGAAAGUGAAAAGACAGAUAACAUAGAAGAAACAGUUGUGAACAAGACUGUAGAAAACAAUAUUGAAGAAGAAAUAAUGGUAGGUAAAAUUGUAGAAAAUAAUUCAAAUGACAAUGUUGAUUCCACGUCACAAAAUGAAAUCGACACUCAUGCAACACAAAUUUCUAUAACACCAGAAAAUCAAACUUUACAUAAUGAUGAUGUUAAUUCAUCUUCACUUGAUAUAAAUAACAAAAUAGUGUCUGAAACAAAUGGAAACUUGUCACAGAAAGGUAAUGCAAUACAUGAAGCUGCAACACAAGCUUUUAACGUUUCAAAUGAUACAUUCGAUGAUGAGGAAAGACCCCUUUCUAUGGAGGUAAGCUACGACUAUCCAAACACGGGAACAGAAACGGUCACAGUACUAGAGAAAGAAGAUGGUGACAAUCUUCCCAGUACUAACGAAACAGAUGACAUACAAAUAACUUGUGGACAAGUGAUAAAAUCAUCCCAAGAUGCGUGUGAUAAAGUAUCGAGUAGUAUUGAUGAUGUACCAGAGUCGAAAGUGAAUGGAACAAUCACUGUGGAUAUUGUUGAAAAUGGUUGUGACAUGGGAGAUAAAAAACCUGUUUUAGUAAAUGGAAUUGCUAGUGUGGAUUCUAUAAAUAUGAAGGACAAAAAUGAGGGUAUUUCAGUUGACGACAUGUUAGCUGAUUUUGUUGAUGAAGUAAAUUGAUAAACCUAUUUCUAUAUAUGACUAAGUGUCAUUGCUAUAAGCAUUUAUUUUAGUUUUAGCAAGAUAAUUUUACUUGUAAUGCUAUUCCUUUUUAUUUUCAAUAUUAAUUCUACCUAAUACGUCAUAAUCUGA